AUGCCAGGUACAUCUCACCCCUACCUACCCCAGCCAGGUAUAUCUCACCCACUCACUACCCCAGCCAGGUACAUCACCACCUCCCUACCCCAGCCAGGUACAUCUCACCCCUCCCUACCCCAGUCAGGUACAUCUCACCUCUCCCUACCUCAGCCAGGUACAUCUCACCCCUCCCUACCUCAGCCAGGUACAUCUCACCCUCCCUACCCCAGCCAGGUACAUCUCGUCCCUCCCUACCCCAGCCAGGUACAUCACCCCCUCCCUACCCCAGCCAGGUACAUCACUCCCUCCCUACCCCAGCCAGGUGCAUCAGCCCCUCCCUACCCCAGCCAGGUGCAUCUCACCCCUUCCUACCCAAGCCAGGUACAUCACCCACUCCCUACCCCAGCCAGGUACAUCACCCCCUACCUACCCCAGUCAGGUACAUCACCACCUCCCUACCCCAGCGAGGUACAUCACCACCUCCCUACCCCAGCCAGGUACAUCACCCCCUCCCUACCCCAGCCAGGUACAUCUCACCCCACCCUACCCCAGCUGGGUACAUCUCACCCCUUCCUACCCAAGCCAGGUACAUCACCCCUCCCUACCCCAGCCAGGUACAUCACCACCUCCCUACCCCAGCCAGGUACAUCUCCCCUCCCUACCCCAGCCAGGUACAUCAGCCCCUCCCUACCCCAGCCAGGUACAUCUCACCCCUCCCUACCCCAGCCAGGUACAUCACCCCUCCCUACCCCAGCCAGGUACAUCACCACCUCCCUACCCCAGCCAGGUACAUCUCACCUCUCCCUACCCCAGCCAGGUACAUCACCCACUCCCUACCCCAGCCAGGUACAUCUCACCCCUACUUACCCCAGCCAGGUACAUCUCACCCCUCCCUACCCCAGCCAUGUACAUCUCACCCCUACCUACCCCAGCCAGGUACAUCUCACCCCUCCCUACCUCAGCCAGGUACAUCACACCCCUCCCUACCCCAGCCAGGUACAUCACCCCCUACCUACCCCAGUCAUGUACAUCACCUCCUCCCUACCCCAGCCAGGUACAUCACCCCCUCCCUACCCCAACCAGGUACAUCUCACCCACUCACUACCCCAGCCAGGUACAUCACCCCCUCCCUACCCCAGCCAGAUACAUCUCACCCCUCCCUACCCCAGCCAGGUACAUCUCACCCCUCCCUACCCCAGCCAGGUACAUCUCAACCCUCCCUACCCCAGCCAGGUACAUCUCACCCACUCACUACCCCAGCCAUGUACACCACCCCCUCCCUACCCCAGCCAGGUACAUCUCAACCCCUCCCUACCCCAGUCAGGUACAUCUCACCCCUCCCUACCCCAGUCAGGUACAUCUCACCCCUCCCUACCUCAGCCAGGUACAUCUCACCCCUCCCUACCUCAGCCAGGUACAUCUCACCCCUCCCUACCCAAGUCAGGUACAUCUCACCCCAACCCACCCAAGCCAUGUACAUCUCACCACCUCCCUACCCAAGUCAGGUACAUCUCGCCCCUCCCUACCCCAAACAUGUACCUCACCCCCUCCCUACCCCAGCCAGGUACAUCUCACCCCUCCCUACCCCAGCCAGGUACAUCUCACCCCUCCCUACCCAAAUCAGGUACAUCUCACCCCAACCUACCCCAGCCAUGUCCAUCUCACCCCCUCCCUACCCCAGCCAGGUACAUCUCACCCCUCCCUACCCCAGCCAUGUACCUCACCCCCUCCCUACCCCAGCCAGGUACAUCACCCCCUCCCUACCCCAGCCAUGUACCUCACCCCCUACCUACCCCAGCCAGGUACAUCACCACCUCCUUACCCCAGCCAGGUACAUCACCCCCUCCCUACCCCAGCCAGGUACAUCACCCCCUACCUACCCCAGCCAGGUUCAUCACCCCUCCCUACCCCAGCCAGGUACAUCACCACCUCCCUACCCCAGCCAGGUACAUCUCACCCCUCCCUACCCCAGCCAGGUACAUCACCCACUCCCUACCCCAGCCAGGUACAUCUCACCCCUCCCUACCCCAGCCAGGUACAUCUCAACCCUCCCUACCCCAGCCAGGUACAUCUCAACCCUCCCUACCCCAGCCAGGUACAUCUCACCCCUACCUACCCCAGCCAGGAACAUCUCACCCACUCACUACCCCAGCCAGGUACAUCACCACCUCCCUACCCCAGCCAGGUACAUCUCACCCCUCCCUACCCCAGUCAGGUACAUCUCACCCCUCCCUACCUCAGCCAGGUACAUCAGCCCCUCCCUACCCCAGCCAGGUACAUCUCACCCCUACCUACCCCAGCCAGGUACAUCAGCCCCACCCUACCCCAGCCAUGUACCUCACCCCCUCCCUACCCCAGCCAUGUACAUCUCACCCCUUCCUACCCCAGCCAGGUACAUCACCCCCUCCCUACCCCAGCCAGGUACAUCUCACCCCUCCCUACCCCAGCCAGGUACAUCUCACCCCUCCCUACCCCAGCCAGGUAUAUCUCACCCCUCCCUACCCCAGCCAGGUACAUCUCAACCCCUCCCUACCCCAGCCAUGUACAUCACCCCCUCCCUACCCGAGCCAGGAACAUCUCACCCCUCCCUACCCCAGCCAGGUACAUCUCACCCCUCCCUACCCCAGCCAGGUACAUCUCAACCCUCCCUACCCCAGCCAGGUACAUCUUACCCCUCCCUACCUCAGCCAGGUACAUCUUACCCCUCCCUACCUCAGCCAGGUACAUCUCACCCCUCCCUUGUAA